GUUUGCGCACUCCCGAGGCACCAGGAAAGAUGGCGGCGCUCAUGUCUCUCAGUCAGUUAUCAAAUGGAAACCCAGCUUAUGAGAGCUAUUACAGACAGCUGGAUCCAGUGGGCACAGGCAAAAUAUCAGCCGGAGAUGCAGCUCAGUUCCUUAAGAAGUCAGGACUGUCAGAUAGUACUUUGGGGAAGAUUUGGGAUUUGGCAGAUUCUGAAAGAAAAGGCUAUUUGGACAGACGGGGUUUCUUCAUUGCUCUGAGACUUGUGGCCUCCGCACAGUGUGGAAAUGAUAUCAGUCUUCACAACCUCAACCAAAACUUAGCUGCACCCAAAUUUAGAGACACAAACAGCCCAUUAUUAACCGUUUCAACGACAGGGUCUGACUCACACUGGGCGAUCAGGCCGGAUGAAAAAGGGAAGUUUGAGGGCAUUUUUGAGAGCCUGUCCCCUGUGAAUGGUCUCCUCGCCGGCGAUAAAGUCAAGCCAGUUUUGAUCAACUCCAAGCUACCUCUGGAUGCAUUAGGAAAGAUUUGGGACCUAAGUGAUGUGGACAAAGAUGGACAUUUGGACAAAGAUGAAUUCACAGUGGCCAUGCAUCUUGUGUAUCGUGCCAUGGAGAAGGAGCCUGUCCCAACCACCUUACCUGCCUCCCUCAUCCCCCCGUCUAAAAGGAAGAAGAGUGCAGGUGGGCUGCCGGGGGCUGUGGCUGUGCUGCCAGCUCUGUCCGGGCUCACGGCCGGCCCGGCUGCUCUUAAAGAUUCCCUGCGAAGCACUCCUCCUCUGAGCAGCGCUGCUCCUCUCAUCCCCAGUACCGUCAGCCUCUCCCCAAAACACUCCUUUAAAUCCAGCUCACCGCAGCCAGCGGUGAACUGGGUGGUGCCUGUGGCUGACAGGGAGCGAUAUGAUGAGGUCUUCAGGAAAACAGACAGCGACAACGACGGCCUUGUUAAUGGAACUGAGGUCAUAGAGAUUUUCAUGCAGUCCACUCUCUCCCAGACAAUGCUGGCACAGAUAUGGGGACUCGCUGACACUAAACAGACCGGCAAGCUGACCCGGGAGCAGUUCUCUUUGGCCAUGUACCUGAUCCAGCAGAAGGUCACUAAAGGCGUGGACCCUCCCUCCACUCUCACUCCAGACAUGAUCCCUCCAUCAGAAAGGACUGCAGCUUCAGCGGCGGGCCCUAGCUAUUUGGGGCUUAUGUCAGCUGUGAGACCUGAUCUUGCUGCACUAUCUUAUAUGCGCAGAGACAGCGCCAGCUCCACGGGGUCGGCCGAGCUGACAGGCAUCAAAGAGCUGGAUGACCUCAGCCAGGAAAUAGCUCAGCUGCAGAGAGAGAAAUUCAUUCUGGAGCAAGAGAUCAGGGAAAAGGAGGAAGCCAUCAGGCAGCAAAAUAGUGAAGUUCAGGACAUGCAGAAUGGAUUGGACCGGGAGAGCAGCAGCCUGCAGGACCUGGAGUCACAGAAGCAGGAUGCCCAGGAACGACUGGAGGAGAUGGACCAGCAGCGCUCCAAGCUGGAGGGAAUGCUCAACGACGUCAAGCAGAAGUGCCAGGAAGAGUCCCAGAUGAUCUCGUCACUGCAGAGCCAGAUCCGCUCUCAGGAGACAGACCUCCGCAGCCAGGAGGACGAACUGAGCCGCACAAAGGUGGACCUGAGCCGGCUGCAGGAUGAAGAGGCAAUGCUCGAGCAGAGCCUGCUCUCUGGUCGGGUCCAGCUGGACAGCAUCAAUAAGUCGCUCAAAACUACACAGGAAGAGAUUAACCAGGCUCGCAGUAAGCUGGCGCUCAUCCAGGACAGCCAAAAGGAGGUGACCAAGACCAUUGAGCAGUACAACAGCGCUUUGAGCGACAUCAACGGAGGAAACUUCAGCAACCUGCCGGACUUAAAUGAAGGUUUCACUGAGAAGGAGAACGGAGGUUUCAGAAGUGCGGAUGACUCAUUCAAGUCUAAGAUAGCCAUGUUCAACAACAGCAGUGUUAAGGAGCCUCCGGCAGAUCCCUUCCAGUCUGAGGACCCCUUCAAGUCCGACCUCUUCCAAGAUCCAUUUGGAGGAGAUCCUUUCAAAGAAAGCGAUCCUUUCAAAGGCACCUCAUCUGAAGAUUUUUUUAAGAGAACAGACAAGUCAAACCUGUUUGGAUCGUCAGACCCCUUCGGAAAGAAACCCACACCACCAGCCAAGCCAAGUGCACUCAGCAGUGGUGACCCUUUUACAUCAAACAGUCAGAAACAAGAUGCAUUUGGGAUAGCCGACCCCUUCGGAAGUAACUCUUUUGGAAGCAAAGGGGGUGGAUUUGCCGACUUUAGUCAGAUGUCAAAGAAGUCAGACAACCCCGUCCUCCCAUCAAAGAAAAAUGUGCCUAACCGGCCUGCACCUCCCUAUGGAGGUUUUCUCAGUUUGACUGCAUCAGAGCCGUUCCCGAGCGUUCGCUCCACAGCAGACAGUAGAGACGCUUUUGUCACGACACACUCGAGUAAAGCAUCCAAAGACUGCCCUGUGGGUUUCGCAGAUUUUGGCUCCUUUGGAAGUGAGAGCCAGCAGCUGGAGUGGGUCAAGCGGGAGAGCGAGCGUGAGGAGCAGGAGAGGCUGAGGAGGCUGCGGCUCCAGGAGCAGCAGGACCUGGAGCUGGCCAUCGCUCUCAGCAGGGCCGACAUGCCCAGCGCCUGACCAGGCAUGCCUCACCACACCACAUCUUUUCGUCCUCUUCCUUCUGCCUUACAGUCUUCUGUCCGCAGGCUCAUGACAACAGCACCGACACUGGCCCGACAUGACUAGCAGCCCCUGUUACCAAUUUGUGUAAGAGACCAGUGUUUCUCCAGCCAUGACUGGACUCAUGUCAAAACAACUCCACAUUUAGCAAACCAGUUCCGGUUCAUUGCCCCCAAACUACACGGCAACUGUAAUCAAGGACAAUACAGAGCCACUUUAUUUAAACCCGGCUUUAUCCUCCAAGAACGUAGCGAUUUAACGCAACCAGAAACCGGCAGGGACCUCCACCGCAACCAUCUAGCUCCAUAUGUUAUUACUGCUAAUCACCCUGCCUUAUCAGAACGCCUUUCUGUUGCAAGAAAAAUGACCUUUUAAUAAUAUUUUACUGUUUUAUUUAUAUGCAAAAGCAAUCUGUGGUGUAUGAAGUACUUGUAAAAUGCACUGUAUAAACUCUUUUAUAUCACCUUUAA